GGAGCUACUUGCCCGUCAUCGCUCUCUCCGGAGGCUCCUCAACACACAUUCAUAGAUACACACACACGCACACUCUUACAUAUUUAACACGAAGAAGAAGAAGAAGCCUAUGUGACGCAUUUAUUUGCUUUUUGAAAUGGCUCAUCGCACAUGAGGAGGACACGGCGGGAUGUGGACAUAAACAAGUGUCUCCUCCGAGACGAGAGGACACCACGCUUAUUCUUGCUUCCCAUUGUGGAUUGAUUACCUUCUCUCCUCCAAGUGACUAUGGCUUUAAAAAGUUCUGUGGAUUUCUGACGCGGCGUCACUGGACCAUCCCUCUCCUGUGGUCUUUUUUUUGUGCGUGUGUGACUGACUUGUCCCCCCCUUUAGCACCCAAGGGUGCUCUCGUCAUUCACCUUGUUGACGCACCCCUGCAGAUCCACACAAGAAGGGGAGGGGGACAUCAUAUAUCCCAGCUCGGAAGGGGACACACGUCACAUUUGGACCGGUCAGAACCGAGCAGCGCUUUGAUUUGAAUGAGACGCUUCACCUGCUGCAGCCAAGCGAGUCCGCACUACCAAGAAAAAGAAGAAGGGGGAAUACGUCGUCAACUUUUGCUGUAGUGAUGCUGCAAGUGGAAAUGAUUCUCGUCGUCUGCCUGGUGCUGUGGAUGUGUGUUUUUAGCCAGGAGCCCAGUUCCAAAGUGGUGGCAGACCGCUACGCCGUCUUCUGGAACCGGACCAACGCCAAAUUCCACCGUGGGGACUACCACAUCGACGUCUGCAUAAAUGACUACCUGGAUGUCUACUGCCCGCACUAUGCAGACUCAGUGCCUGAGGAGCGAACGGAACGCUACGUCCUUUACAUGGUCAACUACGAUGGCUACAGCACGUGCGACCACACCUUCAAGGGUUUCAAACGUUGGGAGUGCAACAGGCCGCACUCGCCUAACGGGCCGCUUAAGUUUUCCGAGAAGUUCCAGCUCUUUACGCCGUUCUCCUUGGGCUUUGAGUUCAGACCGGGCAGAGAAUAUUACUACAUUUCCUCCACCGUGGCUGAGAACGGGAAGAAAACCUGCCUGAAGCUGAAAGUUUUCGUCCGACCAUCAAACAGCUGUGUGAGAACUAUAGGUGUACAUGACCGUGUUUUUGAUGUAAACGACAAAGUAGACAAUACGUUAGAACCACGAGACGACACAAGCCACGAACCAGCCGAGCCCUCCCGAAGCGAGGAAACAAACGCAUCUCCGCGCCUGCCAAUAUCGAGUCAACUUGUGGCGUCACUGCUGCUCUGCCUUGCAGCACUCUUAUAGCGCCCCCGCCUGUCCCGGAGGGGCACAUUUAUUACACCCAGCGUGGCCUGAAUGAAUCUGCCCGAGGUUGCAAAGAAAAGGGGGGCGGGAUUUUGCAGGUGUUUGCUUGAUUGGACAUCCCAAGGAAUCUCUGUCACCUCCGCCCCCUGACAAAGUUUUAAAGAUGUGAGUGGGGGGGAAGAAAAGCGGGGGAUAUGGCGCCCCUUUUUUUGUUGCAAACCUAAGAUGCCAAAUCCUGUUGUUUUUUUACUUUUGACACUUGGUGUUUUUCCCUUAACAGCGUCAUGGUUCAUCAUUGCAGUACACACACAGAUACGGACUCAAGUCUCUACAAUUCUUACAAAGUUGUGUUCAGUAGCAGUAGGAAAGUGAAGACUGUAGCGCUUAGGGAAGGACUUGUACAUAAACAAGUAGCUAGCUGUCUUGAGACGUUGCAAGAAGCAGCUGUGUCGGGAUUAUCGAUCCAGCAAAUGAGAGAUGACAAAAGAAGUGUAAUUAAUUGAAGUCAGGGUGCCAUCCAAGUCGUUCAUUGUGCAAAGAUUGAGCACAUUUUUAUUAUUUGGGAGGGGGCAGGUGGGGGCUUUUUAUGACAGUUCUUGUGUUUUUAGAAUUGCAUGUCGGGCCAGAUCAAUUGCUCUUGCGGUCCGUAUACGGCUCUUGGCUGGAGGUUGGCCACCCUUGGUUGAAGCAGGAAACCACAGCGGGGAGUGUAUGCGGCCUGCACUUUAACUUUCUGAUCCCCAUGGCACUCAGUAAGAUGGUGGAGGAUCAGGUGUUGAGUGAAAUCGAUUGUUUCUCCCUGAAUGUUCUGAACUCCUGCUUCCAUGACAGUUCUCUUACUGAAGAGGAGUUGCCAUCGGGUGGAUGUAGCUGACACUAACUCCACCCAAUGGAUAGGACACUCAGCAAUCAGUUCAUCGACAAAUUGAUUAUUAUGCCUGUCACUAGUGAAAAAUAAAAAGCAAGCCGUUUACGUUCAUAAAACGGAGAAAUUCAAACUCCCACCUGGAGACAGGGGAUCGAUGUCUUUUAGAAGUCGCAAUUUCACGGCGGCGGUCACACUCAUUUUGUGUUUAGCGAGCUGGACAAAGAACUCCGCUUUGUUCUGGCAGUCCUUCUCCUUGCCAGCUUGCAUAUUCAAAUCCAAAGAUUUGAACUUAACGCCAUAAUGAUAGAGAACAGAAGACUAAUAGCAGCAGCUUCUACAGCACUGAUGCAUUGUUGUGUUUACUUGCUUCAAUAGCACUUACAAUCAAUGAUAUGGUCCCCGUGUAAGGACGGUCAUCUUCAUUCGGCUUCAACUUCAAUACCAAUAAUCCUCCCAAUGAAACAACUUCCUGUCAGACCUGUGUGCUAACAAAAAAAACGUAUGUCCAGCCUGGACCUCCUAGUGUUACUGGUUUAAGUGACUCUUUAAUGAGGUUCAAAAUGACAGGCAUGCGGACCCCAUGUUGCGGCAAGGGGGAGUUAUUUCUGGUAUUAAAAAUAGACAGCGGAAGCCUUGAAGGAAGGGGG